AAAAUUCCUGCGCGAUGGAGCGGCGGGCAGGUAUUCCUCCGCGCAAAUUUGGGACUCGAUGUCGUCAGACUAUUCCCUUUUAAGGUACUGGCCUGAGUAGCACCUAUGUACGGGAGGAUCAAAUAAUUUUACUGAUUCCUCUUGUAUCGAUUUUUGCUGUUUGAAGGCGGCACCAGUCCUCAUUGUGCAUGCAGCCCUUCUCUACUUUAUUUGGUUAACGCGCAGCUAAGCAAGAACGGGAGUGACGUUUGCGCGGGCCGCAGGUUCUGGACAUUAACAUUCGCAUAACCAUAAAAAUUUUUCGGGGGCCGCACGGAAACAAUUCAUGGCAUCAGUCUAUCUCGACUCUUUUCACCAAGAGAGGCCUAGAAACAGCAGAAACAGACAUUCCUUACGGAACACGGGAGAUGCAGCGUCGAAAUCACUGAAAUUCGGACCAUCGAAAUGGCCAGCGCCGUCAUCGAGCCAGGGAAGACCGUCCAUUUUGGAGAGGAGCUUGGAUUUUCACAAUGUGGUUUGGUAGGACACUGAUGGUACCCACUGUUGUUCUUUCCACCUGAGCUCGUCUUCACCAAAGGUGUGUGAAUUUGGGAUUAGUAAUCAGCUAAUGGUGUACACAUGGAACUUAUCAGCGCUGCAGAUCACUCUAUAAUUUGAUGCCUUGAGACAUGAUGUCAGUACUGGCAUGCAUUUCCCAUCGUCCAUAGGCGCCAUUACGGGUAAUUUGGCAUGUAGGGAGCUGGAUCGAUACCGCCGGAUUGAACAAUUUAACAUGGAAAUGCCGCCGUACUGAGAGAGGGACCGUUUUCGCAGGAAUUUUCACCACCGCGUUCCGGGUUACCCCUUCCCCCCUCCCUUAACAGCAAUGCCGGACAAGGUGGUGGACUUGGGUGGCAUUUGGAAAGCCUUGUCUCCGCAGACUCUGAAAGAUAUAGAGGCGCGGAUCAAAGAGGAAGAGAAAAGGAAGAAGGAACGCCAGGAAGCGGGGGAGGAGGAGGAGGAUGAAGAAGUGGAAGAACUACAGCCCAACAAAAAACUGGAGGCUGGAUCAGCCCUUCCUGAUAAGUAUGGGGAAGUUCCUAUUGAACUGGUUGGAAGACCUAUAGAAGAAAUCGACGAUUACUACAAGACCAAAUGGACGUUCGUGGUGAUCGCCAAGGACAGGACUAUCUUCCGUUUCAGCACAACGAACGGAUGCUUCCUCCUGUCACCCUUCAACCCGCUGCGCCGCCUGGCACUCUUCACGCUCACACAUUCAUUAUUCAGCACCUUAGUCAUGCUGACCAUCCUCGUCAACUGCGUUUUCAUGGCGCUGAACGAUCCGCCGAAGAUCACAGAAUUCAUAUUCAACGGCAUUUACACAAUAGAAAUGCUGGUGAAGCUCUCAGCCAGGGGGUAUGCCCUCCAACACUUCACAUACUUGAGGGACCCGUGGAACUGGCUGGAUUUCGCUGUUGUCGUGCUUGCAUACGUCACAAUGUUCAUGGAUUUGGGUAAUCUCUCCGUUUUAAGAACGUUUCGAGUGCUUAGAGCUUUGAAGACAAUUUCAGUGGUGCCUGGUUUAAAAACCAUCGUUAACGCCUUAAUUCAGUCUGUCAUCAACCUCCGUGAUGUCAUCAUUCUGACAUCCUUUGGCCUGUGUGUGUUUGCCUUAGUUGGGUUGCAGUUGUACAUGGGUCAGCUACGACAAAAGUGUGUCAUGGAGUUCCCAGAAAAUGGAAUGAACUUGGCAGAGUUCUGCUACAAAUUCCGCGAUGCUAGCCAAAAUGCGUUGCCAAAUGAAUACUUGCAUUGUGCAGAUGACUUGAAAAUGUUUAAUGGCAACGAUGAAGAAAUUGAGCAACCUCGUUGGGUGGUAAAUUGGGUGAGCUGGAAAGACUACUUUAAUUAUUCCACACCACGUUACAAGGACAUCAAAGGACAGAUUACACCAGAAAAGAAGGGAUACUGCUUCCCACCCCCCAAUGAUGACCCAUUAUUCAACGAGACGGAGACGGUUCACGACAUCAUGUUUGAAUGGAUAGAUGACAGUGACUGCAAUGUUAGCGUAGUGAAUGCAACCAACAACGCAGCUGUCUGGCAUGCCUGGUAUUAUAAUAAAGACCAUUGGUUGAUGGCUCGUGGCUUAGACGGGCUUUGCAGGAACAAGUCAGAAGAUGACCCGUUUUGUAAUCCAGGAUUCAGGUGUCUUCGGAUUGGAGGGAAUCCAGAUUUUGGGUACACAAGCUUUGAUAACAUCGGCUGGGCCCUGCUGACUGCCUUCCGUCUUAUCAACCAAGACUACUGGGAGAACCUCUAUCAACAGGUCCUUGGGACAGCUGGGCAUGCCAAUAUGCUUUUCUUCCUAUUGGUCAUCUUCUUAGGCUCCUUCUACCUUGUCAACUUGAUUCUUGCUGUUGUUGCCAUGUCUUAUGAAGAGGCAUCACAACAGACGGAGGAUGAGGAGGAGGAAGCUAUGGGAGCAGCAGGAGAAAGUGGCAGUGGAAGCAGCUCGGAGUCAGAUAGUGAGAGUGAAAGCAGCUCCGCUAACGUUGCAGCGCGGAGAAAACGUAGUGGCAGUAGAAGUAGUCGAAGCAGCAGUCGAAGUGGCAGUAAAUGUGGAAGCACCUGCAAGGUGCACCCUUCGUGCAGCAUUGUGUCCUGGACAGCCUUGAAUGGAGCAUUCCCCUCCAACUCCAACUUCCUGUCCAUGCAAGACAUAGAGAUGCAGCCGGAUGGAGAGGUGGAAGCAGUUCAAGAAAAACACACAAUGGAGGAGACUGAGAAAGAAAAAUCAGAAAAGGAAAUUGCAGUGAGGAAGGCUGGUUUUGUCCGUGAUGAUGAAGAAUACGAUUCAUCGGACUGGGAGACUGAUGAUGAAGAACCACCUACUCCAUUACAAAUAGCUUUUAAUGUGCUGUGUGGCUGGAAGUGCCCGCCAUGUUGGAACGUCAUCGCCAGAAUCAGUUUCCUGUUCAUCUGUGACCCUGUCAUGGAGCUCUUCAUCACGCUGUGUAUUAUAUUCAACACAGUCUUCAUGGCCAUGGACUAUCACGACAUCUCGCAAAACAAACCGUUUGAAAAGACCCUGGAAGUUGGCAAUUAUGUUUUCAGUGGAAUCUUUGCAGGGGAAUUUUUUUUCAAGUUGAUUGGUAUGGGGCCAAAAGAUUACUUUGCAGUGGGCUGGAAUAUGUUUGACUCCUUCAUCGUGAUUCUCAGUUGUAUUGAGAUCUUGAUGGAGCAGUUGAUGGGUGGCGGUCUAGCAGGAUUCUCAGUUCUUCGAUCAUUUCGAUUGCUCCGUGUCUUCAAGUUAGCCAAGUCCUGGCCCACGCUGAACAAGUUGCUGUCCAUCAUUGGGAAUUCCAUGGGCGCCCUUGGGAACUUGACCUUUGUCCUGGGCAUCGUCAUCUACAUCUUUGCUGUGCUUGGCAUGCAGGUGUUUGGCGAAUGCUACAGGACAUGGACACCGCUCUUGGAUAGGCCUCGUUGGAACUUUGAGGACUUCCUUCGUAGCUUCAUGAUUGUGUUCCGCGUCCUGUGUGGAGAGUGGAUAGAAUCCAUGUGGGACUGCAUGCGCUGCGACAUAGUCAAGUUUGAGAAUUGUCCUGGUCAUGAAAAUCCAGAGGAAAAAGGUGUCAGAUAUACCUGUGUCCCCUUCUUCCUUCUGACAGUUCUCAUCGGCAACCUAAUUAUUUUGAACCUGUUCCUUGCUUUGCUCCUCAGUUCAUUUAGUGGGUUGGAAGAGUCUGGAGAUGAAGGCAGCGGAGAACCCAACAACAUUGUGAUCGGCGUGAACAAGAUCAUUUUUUUCUUUAAGUACAUCAUAUAUUGUUUCCUACCUUGCUUUGUACCAAAACCAAAGAAAAACUGGCCACCAUUUGACCAGGAGGAGGAGGAAGAUGCUGAAGAUGAAGGUGGAGAUGAUGACGAGGAGUGGAAGAUUGAGAAGACUUAUGUGGAUGGGGAGGUCCCAACCAUGGAUGGCGAGGCAGUUGUGCUCCAAAAUGGUUAUGUUGGGAAACGGCCAUCCUUGGCAGAGUCCGGUACACCAUGGAGCUCUCAGAAUGGGAUACCUGUAGCCAUGUGUGGCUUCAACUCCGAAAUGGACAUCAUCGACGUCACCAAGGCUCCUAGGAAGAAAAAGGAAUCAGAGAGCAAUGAAAAAGAGUCAGAAAACCAGUACAUUCCAGAUGGUGAAUGCAUAAAGGAUAAUAAGGAAAUGGAAGAAUCAAAAGAUGAGAAUAAGGAUGGCAAUCGGUCAUCGUCCACCUCUAAUGGGCUCAGCAAAGCAAGUACUACCCCAGCUAAAAGUUCCAGUGAGCCAUCCUUGUGCCAGAAAGAAAAUGGUGUGGUCCCAAUGAUGGAUAAGAUAGGAAAUGGACUCGGUUCAAUACCUGAUAAAUUAUCUGACGGUGUGUUGUCCAAUGGUAAGCUAUCUGAGGGUAUGCUUGACCCUGCGUACACUCCCACCAAACUGUCUGAUGGUGUGUUGAACAUGGAUGAGAAGCCAGAUGGCGACCUCCCUGACGACCCAGGCUCCCCAGGCUCGAAGGAGAAGCAGAGCGACUAUGCAAGUUCUGGUGUGAUUGUAGAAUAUCCACCAGACUGCUGGCCAGAAAAGUGGGCUAUGCCAUGUUGUGAUGAGUGCAUCAAGUCACCAAUCGGCAUCAAGUUUGCUGCUCUGAGAGUCAAGGCUUACUGGAUCAUUGAACACAAUUACUUUGAGACCUUCAUUAUCAUAAUGAUCGUCUUGAGCAGUGGAGCACUGGCUUUUGAAGACAAAUACAUCAACACCGAGGAAAAGAUUAUCGUCAAAACUGUCCUUGGAUAUGCGGACUAUGCCUUCACGGUCAUAUUUACCAUUGAAAUGGUUCUCAAAAUGCUUGGCUAUGGGUUUAAAACAUACUUCACCAAUGCCUGGUGCUGGCUGGAUUUCAUCAUUGUCAUGGCUUCCCUGGUCACUGCCAUCCCCAACCUGAUGGGCAUGGGAGACUCCGUACCGGAAAGCCUGAAGACAGUGCGGGUCAUACGUGCACUCCGACCCCUGCGAGCUAUCUCCAGGGCAGAGGGCAUGAAGGUUGUUGUCAACGCUUUAAUUGGUGCGAUCCCUUCUGUGACAAACGUAUUGAUGGUAUGCUUAGUGUUCUGGCUGAUUUUUGCCAUCAUGGGCGUCCAGCUGUUCAAAGGAAAGUUCUUCAAGUGUAUGGACGAAGUCAACAACCCGGGAGAGUUCAAAAUGAAGACGUGCAUCAUUUUCAACGAGACCUUCUGUAACGACCCUAUCGCUGAGGUCAUCCCGGCCACCUGUUAUGAUUUGAAUAAAAAUGAGAAGCCUGCCUGCGUGUUGAUGGAAGGGCCCACCGACUAUUGCGAGACACAAGCCAUAUGCCAAGAGUGCAACAACUUGUACAAAACACCUACAAAGAUAGCAGAACUGUGUGAAGAUUUUCAGGAAAUGUGCAAUAUUACCUGCCCAGCAUCGUACAAUGUAGGUUACAAAGUUACUGAAGACGUGGAGGACUUUCUAUGCUAUGAUGAAAAUGGAGGUUUAAAAGGACCAGAGAUGUAUUUCAACAAGAGCGUGUGUCUAGCUAGGAACAAAACCUGGGAAAAUUACAAGAUAAACUUUGACAACGUUGGAAUUGCUUACUUAUCACUACUACAAAUAGCAACAUUUAAAGGAUGGAUUCAAAUCAUAGAGCAUGCAGUAGAUGGUACCGAUGUGGAUCUACAGCCCGUGCGUGACUUUGGCAGCAUGUGGUACCUGUAUUUUGUCAUUUUCAUCAUCUUUGGAGCUUUUUUCACCCUGAACCUGUUCAUUGGUGUCAUCAUUGACAAUUUCAACGCCCAGAAGAAAAAGCCAGGAGACGGAGAUGGGUCCAGUGCAGACCUGUUCAUGACUGAAGACCAGAAGAAGUACAUGGAACAGAUGAAGAAACUUGGCUCCAAAUCCCCAUCAAAGGGUAUUCCCAGACCAGAUAACAACUUUCAAGGAUUCUUCUAUGAUGUCGCCAUGACGCAAGCAUUUGAAGUGGUGAUCAUGGCGUUCAUCAUGUUUAAUAUGCUCACCAUGAUGAUGGAGCAUGAAGGAUCAAGUCAGAAGUUUAAGGAUAUCCUGGAAAAAAUCAACUUAGUCUUCAUUGCCGUCUUUACCGGCGAGAUGGUGUGGAAAAUGAUAGCCUUCGGGCCAAAAUACUUCUCACAAGGCUGGAACAUCUUUGACUUUGUGGUUGUGGUGAUGUCUAUUAUCACCCAGGGACUGGAGGAUGUGAUGGCGGCCCUACCCGUACCCCCCACUCUGCUUCGAGUCAUCCGUGUUGCCAGAGUUGGCCGUAUCUUAAGAUUAGUCAAGGGGGCCAAGGGUAUUCGGACCCUCAUCUUUUCCCUUCUGGUGUCUCUGCCAGCUUUAGUCAACAUUGGCCUCUUACUGUUCCUUAUCAUGUUCAUCUACGCGAUCUUUGGAAUGAUGAACUUUGCCCAUUGUAAAAGAAUGCAGGGUCUCAACGAAGUCAUAAACUUUGAGACCUUCUUUAACAGCAUCAUUCUGCUGUUUCAAGUCUGCACCUCUGCCGGUUGGGAUGGCAUCCUAAACGGUUUACAGGAUCAAUUAAUUCCCACGAUCAACGGUACAACACCAACAAAGGAACAAAUUGAUGCGGGAAUACUCGAUGAUAUUGACAAGUGCUGGAGCUUAUCCAGAUACACUUACUUGGGAAUAUUCUUUUUUGUUUCAUACCUAAUAAUGAAUUUCCUGAUCGUCGUCAACAUGUAUAUUGCGGUGAUCUUGGACAAUUUCAGCGCCGCUACGGAGGAAGCCGCAGGGGGUGGCGUCACAGAAGAUGAUAUCGACAUGUACUAUUCUCUUUGGGAGAGGUACGAUCCUCAUGCCAGCAAGUACAUCUCUUUGUCAAAAAUAUCGCAGUUCGUCCACCAGUUGGAUGAUCCACUUCGCAUAGCCAAGCCCAACAAGAUCACUCUGGCCUACCUGGACAUCCCCAUCUGUACAGGUGAUCGGCUCUACUGCAAGGACAUCUUGAAGAGGCUGACAGAGAGGGCCAUGGGCACGUUUGAUAAUGACAAGGAGGCGGUAGAUGAGGAGGAGGAGGAAGCUGUGACCACAGACCACCCUGAAGAUUACCAGCGGAUCGGCUCCACUCUCACGAGGAGGCGUGAGGAGGUGGCCGCCAUGGUGAUACAGCGUGCUAUCCGUAAGUAUGUGCUGAAACAUGAUUUCGACAAGGAGCAGGCGCCGCAGAUCAUUUUCUGAUGAUCACAUGACUAUGACAACGAUAAAGAAAGUCAAGAAAGGACAUCAGAUACCGUGACUUGAAGCCCAAGAAAUGAAACGGUAUAUUAAAUCUAAUUUCCACAGUCUUGUCAGCACAUGUCCAAAUGCUGGUGCAGGAGACCCAGUAAGACAAGAAAGCAACAUGUCCCAAAGACAGACUCUAUGGCUAUUCCAAAACAACACUCAAAAGAAGGCUCAACAAAAGGAAGCGAGAUUGCUCCUUCCAACGAGAGAGGCUCUGUUCAAGUUUCCUGCUUGAAAGCUUAUUGAAAGAAGUCCAGCUAGGACGUGAAUCUCUACAUAUUGUACAAAUGAAAAUCAGCUACAAGCUUCCAAGCUCAAAGCUCAAUAACAGAUAUCUGCACUAAAAACACUCCACGGAAGUAAGUGACCACAUGAUGGUUUCCAUUCAGUCACAAGAUCUGCAUCCAUCUUGAGGUCCUGUUAGGUGGAACUGACUUGUGGAUUACUUCACUUCAGCAGCACAUCAUUGCAACAUUUCUGUUCCCAAUUCUCCAUAGUAGGUGCAAGAUACAUUGAUGGUAUGAACUUCCCGCAAAGUGUUGAGAGAACUCUGAGAUGUGGAUAAGUCUGCAAGAAGAAAAUCUUGCAUUCAAUAUUACACAAGACGCCCAUUUCAGUAAGCACAGACUUGUCUUCCAUCACAAAGUAUUGUCAAGUUAUCAAUAAGAUGCGACUGAGUACAAUAUAUGCAAAUGAAGUCCAGAGGAUACUAGUUGAUCUGCAUGCAACAAAGAAGCAAGCGAUGGAAAUGAUGCAUUACGUGAAAACAUGACAAGGAACAGUAUGUGAAUUUAUGGCACUCCGUAUGUACUGUGAAGUACAAGACAGUCCGAUUGUGUAUUAGUCCUCCACUAAGGGCAAAGCAAAUUCGGAUUUAUUAACCAAUAAUGACGUCAUCUUCAAUUGUUGUUCAGAACUCAUUGUCUCAAUUUGAACAAGCCAAUUGAAAACUAGCAAUGCUUAUUUACUAUUCAAGAAUUGCUGUAUAUGUGUCUGAACUUUUAUUGGUGAGGGAACUGCACCAAGGAUAAAGGACAUUUUCUACGCCUGUGCAAGCAAGACACUAUAGAAAUAAGUCUAAGGCAAUCAUUGUGUCCAAUACAUUGACUUCCUGUGUGCAUAAACUAAAAAUAAUACCUACCAGAAGACAAUAUCUCUGUAAGGUACUUUGCAUAGUAUUAAAGGGACAGUAAGCACUGAGUAACCAGCCUGGGGGGUGACAUAUAUAUAUUGCCACAAUAAUGUAUAUGGCUUUGACGGUUGAAUAACCGCUCCAACAUGAUCUAAAGGCGUCGGGGCAAGCCCACAUUCGUCUUAAAGCAUUAACUGCAUGCAAAGAAAAUGUUUUAUUUCCUUAAAGGCUUUCUAUGCAAAAUUUUAAUAUACAUUCUCCAUUAUUAGCUAGCUCUAAAAUAGUCCACAUAGAUAGUACUGGGUAGUGUUGGUGGUUAGGUUCAGCAGUAUAGUAUAUAGUAGCGACCAUGACACUUUUUACAAGCAAAUAAAUUUCCUUUUCUACAUUAAAGUACA